UUCAUGGCUUUCCGCCUUUUCCUUCUAUUAAUAUAAUUGGCUUGACUAAACAAUUAAAAGAAAACUUAAUUCUUUCUAUUCAAAGUUCAAACUCAGCAAAUUACAAGACGACCCAACAUUAAUUAUUUUCUUUAUUACUUUAAAUACCUGGGCUUCGUCCAAGAGGAGGAAAUCUUCUAACCAUUGAGUGACAAAGAAAUGGAGAGAAUGAAGAAAUCUGUUGAUGUUUCUUCUUUCUUGCUAGUGGAAGCUACAGGUGAUUCUGAGGUUGAUUCUGAUCCCAACAUGACCUUCGUAGAUCUUGUUGAUGAUGAUGAUGGUGAUGCAGAGUCAUGUAGCUGUGAUACAUCAUACCAUUCUUGUGUUAAUGGUGUCUACAUUGAGGUUGAAGAAUAUCAUGUUAAUUAUAAUGUGGUUGAUGAAGAGCAGGAGGAGCAGGAGCAGGAGAAGCAGCAGCAGGAUAAGGGAGUUCAUGUUUAUCAAUCACGGGUUGAUCAUGGACAUGCUGGGUUACCAAUGAAGCAAAAAUCAUGUGUUUCAGUGGAUUCAGCCAAUGAAUCAAUGAAUGAGAAGGAGAAGAACAGGCUGUUUUGGGAGGCUUGCUUGGCUUCGUAACUGGAGUCUGCAGGAUUAUUGCUAUUUCUCUUUCCACCUCACGUUCCAAACCAUCUUGACCUUCAAUUUGUGUCAAUGGUUUUACUGGGUUUCUUCUGUUUUUUUUGUCUUUUCCUGGUUUAUGAAUUUUCCCCGUUUUGAGAAAGAGAGGAGAGAGGUUAAACGCGGUAUGUAUAUUUGUCUAAGAGAUAACAAUUGUACAGAUGACAUGCAACUAA